AUUUAAGAUAAUUUAAAAGAAAUUGACAGAUAACCUAAAUUGUUAUAACACAGCCCUGAACACAGCAAUCAGCCUAUAACAUGUUAUAAAAUUUUAUUCGAAUUCGCAAAUGAAUUAAUUUCGAAAACGUAUGAAUCAUUUAAUAAAUCAUUGAAUCGCAAUUUCAAAUUAAAAGGAUUUUUGCGAUGUAAAAAGGAAAUUGUUACAAAAAUGAGCAACACAAUUCAGAACAAUAGACCACCAUCUGAAUCCAUCGCUUUUAAAGAAUAUUUUAAACUAAUUUACACAAAUGAUUCAAAAACUUUAAUUGAUGAGGAAUCAAAAAUAAACUGCAGAAUUCUAGAAUUUUCACAUGAAUUGAGUUUAAGAGAAAUUUUGGGAUCAAUUUCAAGGUUGGAUCCUAAAAAAUAUGAAAAUCUGCUUGUAUUUAUAAUUGAGGACAGAAAUUUUGAAUUGCCCAGGAAAAAUGAUCACAGAGUACCAAGAAUUGUUGAGCUUAUUUUCGAAUUUUUAAUUGAAUUCAGCGGAAUUGAAAAACCACUUCUUCUACAACUUAAGUCAAAUGUUCAAAAUUUGACAAAGGUUUAUUUCAAAGAUCAUAAUUGUUCUAAAUUUACUGAUAUAAAGCAAAAGUCAAUCAGCAAGUCUGAAAGCUUUGACGAUUUCGCAUCAUUCAUUGGGUUUUUUAAAAAUAAUCCACGCCAAGAUUUUGAAGAUUUAGUCAUCCAAAAGCUACCAAAAAUCAAAAACUUUGAACUGAUCACAAAAUUCCUUCACACAUUGGAUUUACCUGAAGAUUUUUAUGAACGACUUGUUCUAAAAUGUGCUGCUGAAGGAACAAAAAGUGAUUUUUUAACAGCAAUCGAUGCCAAAUGUGAUGAAAAUGGAAAAAUAACAAAUUAUAGUGCACAAAGUUAUCUGGCUAAUUUAGUGAAGGAUACAUCAAUUCUUACCACUGCAAUCAAAAGUUCUAAUAAGGAAGUUACUCAUUAUCUUAUGAAACACUGCACAGAUUUGAUUCAGCAGCUUCCAUUUGAACACCAAGUUGAAUCAACGACAGCUGCAUUUGAAACACAACAACUAGGAGUUUUAUUUGACUUAUUACAACGCUCAGAUUUUCCAUUUCCCAAAGAUUUCAAACCAAAGCUUAUCACAGACAAAAGAAUUCUUAAAGUUGUUGAUGAUCGAGAACAAUUGUCCAAAGCUAUUGCCAAAGAAGACAAAGAUGAAAUUUCUAGAUUCAUAAAAAAUAACCCAAGUAUUAAAUUUGGAUACGAUAUCAAUAAUGAAUCCGUAAUGAACAAUGCACUGCGACUUAAAAAGUUUCAAUCGUUCUUCCAUCUCAAAUCACAUGGAUUCCGUGCAAUAGAAUUUAAUCAUUUUAGUGAAAAAAUUACUGACGAUAAAGAGAAAAAAGAACUAAACAAAUUUGCUCGACUGCAACGAAUAGAAAAUGUCAAAAUAUCACUUGCUGAUAAACAUAAAGCAGUCAUGUUGCUAGCUACGAGAACAUUCAUUUACAAUAGACAAGAUGUCAAUGAAAAUGAGGAAGAACAUCGAAUGAAAAUUAAAGAAUGGUAUAUGGACAUCUAUAAGGUAAAAUUCGGUUCCCAAUUGCUAGAAGCAGCAUCACAAUGUGAAAAUUUAAAACUAGUUUUUGACUUUGAAUGCGACUCGGUCGAAAAUGUUGAUGUAUCUGCUUCUUCUGCAACAUUAGGAUCAACAUAUCCAGUAAGUAAAUGGAUAUUUGUUGGUGCUAAAUCGUCAGAAAGUGAAAAUCGCAAUCAACAGAUUAAAGGUGUUAUUGCGCAUGAAAUUUGCCAUUAUGUAAUGCGAUUGGUAUAUCAAAAUAAAGAAAAUCCUUAUUAUAAGGUUGACGAUGAAGACUGUCGGCGAUUUGAUGCAAUUGCUAGUGCAAUUGAACUUAUGCUGUUUCCACAAGAAGCUGUAGAAGAAAAAGAUCAAGCAGUAGAUAAUAAUGAAUCUGAAGGACAAGGAAAAGAAGAUAUCCAGAAGAAUAAAAUCGAUGAUGAAUGUGCUGGAAUUAUUUCAACAGUUUAUACUUGUUAUGACAGAAAAGACUUUCAUCCCGAAUUGAUUGUAAGACCAGUCCAUAUCUAUGCACAGUUUGACGAUGACGACGAGUACACUGUAUAUUUACGAGAGAAGUAUAAGAUUCUUUUUGAUUUUUUCGAACAAGUUGUAAUUCCCGAGUUUGAAAAGUUCAAUUUAAAGCAACGAGAGAAAGUUAAAAAAUUUAAUGAGUUUGUAGGAGUUUUGAGCAAAAUUGAAGGUUUAAAUUAUGAAUUAUCAUCCUUAAAAGAUAUAACGAGCCUUAUCGAUAGUCAUUUAAUAAUAAUAACUACUAAUAUCCCAAAAUUAUUACUUCUUAAUGUAUAUAAACAGCUAGAUCAGACUCGCAAAAAUAUGUUAGAAGAUCAAAAUGUUUUUAUAUCGCCUGCUAUUUUGAAAAAUUCCUACAUUGUUCAAGAAUUUAAGGCAAUUGUGAAUCAAAAAGUAAAUUUAAACAUUUUUAUUGACUGUUCAAUAGGAGUAAACUCAAAAGUCAAAAGUCUAAUAAUCAAUGAAUCUUCAAACUACAUUUUUAUAGCCUCAAAUGAAAGCUAUAACAAAGAUAUAGCUGUUUUUAAAGAAAUCAAACAAAAUGUUUCCGAAAAAGUAGUAAACUAUGAAUGGAAAGAUUUAGCUGUUGAAAGUCAAAAGAGUUUGCUUCAAAUGAAGGUAACUUUCCAAAAUAACUCGUCUUCGUCACUUUUAGAAUUGUUUUCAAAUGAAAAUAAUGCAAAUCAACAGCAAACAUUUGAAGAGUUUUCAAAUGUUAUUGAUGAAGACUUAAUCAAUUCGCUGAUUAAUGGGGUGGAAGUAAAUGUCAAUACCGAGAAUAAUGUUGCAAAAGAUGUUGAUAUGCUAUACAUACCGAGAAAUUUUACCAAACAUCGUGAUCAAGAUGAAGGUAGUUCAGAAGUUUUAAUUUUGAAAUAUUCAGAACAGGAAAUGCUUGCAGACAUUACAAAUCAAAACUAUGUUCUUAUCUCAGAUAUCGCAGGCGCUGGAAAAAGUGAAACUGUCAAAAAUAUGUUAAUGACAAUUUGUGAUCAUUAUUCAAAAUAUUGGAUAACUUAUAUUGAUUCCAGACAAUACAGUAUUGAUGAGAAAUCAGGGUCAGAAGAUAUUUUAAAAUUUUUGGAUGAAAAUAUAUUAAAAAAUAAGUCUAAAUUUGAGAAGAAUAUUUUCAAAAGGUUAUACGAAAAUGGUAGAGUGUGCUUAAUUUUUGAUGAAUUAGAUAAAACUAGCUUAAAUUGUCAGAAAAUUUUAGCAGAAAUGUUCAAAACAUUUGAUUCUAAUCGUGGCAAUAAGCUCUGGAUUAUAACAAGAGAUUAUUGUGAAUCCGGUUUGAGAGAAAGCUUAAAACUAGAAGUAAGCUACAAGCUUGAUGAUUUUGGAGAAAAUCAUGGAACUGAUUUGAUUGCGUCAAGUUGGAUACUUAAUGAAUUGGAUUUAAGUUUUAAUAAUCAAUCAAGAAACGACAUUAUUAAUCAAAUAAAAUGUUCGCCAAACUUUUCAAAAUAUCAAGAAAAAGCAGAUAUCAUUGUGAAGAAAACUUUAAUAUCAAGAAGUAACUUUUUUGGAUCCAAAUUACCACAAUUUUACAAAAUUGUUGCUGAAAUUUUCAAGAACGACAAAAUUCUUCAAAUUAAUUUAACACUCUUAAAGUUAUAUGCAGAAUAUGUGAAAAUUCAGUAUGAAAAAUGGCUUUUAAAACUAAGUCACAGCAUGCAAAGUCAGAACAAACAAUCAAAGUAUCAUAAACUUCAUCAGCUCAUUGCAAUGAAAAUCUCAUUUCCUGAAGAUUCUAAUAUUUUUGACUUUGAAGAAUAUGGAUGGACGGAUGAAGAAAUUAUUGAAUGCAUUUUCCUUAUUAAAAUAGGAGAUAACUUUGUUUUCCAUUAUGAAAUUUUUCUAAACUACUUUGUUGCUGAUUACAUAGUAAGGAUCUUGAAAAAGAAAGGAAACAAAGUUUCAGGUGAUUUUUGUUUAUACUUCAUUAAAGUUCUGUCUACACCAAAAUUCAAAGAAGUGCGAAUGUUUUUAAAUGAAGCUUUUAUUGAUGCAUCAGUUGUGACUUGUAUUAACCGUAAAAUGGAUAGUCUUAGAAAAAAAAUUUGUGAACGUUCUGAUCAAUUUGAAAACUUACUGCUAAUGUUUGAAGAAAAUCGAGAACAAAUCGUUAAUUUUCUCAUUUCAGUCUUUCAAAAAGGCAAUUCUGAGAAUUUAUGUAAAAUUUUGAGCAAUAAUAUUACAAUAUUUGUCAUGAAGUCAUCGCAAUUAAAACUGAAGUUUCAGGAGUUUGUAAAUACGGUCCUCAAUUCAGAUGACUUAAAGAAAAUUAUUUCAAUAGUGUUAUCAAAAAUCUGUGAUUCAAGUCUCGAAAUUGAUGUUGGUAAAUCAAUUCUUAAAGUAUUAGAGUCAAUAAAAGGCAAAGAAUACAUUAAAGAAGCUUUGAAAUUUCAAGACGAAGAAGGAAAUAAUCUGGUCCAUAAAUUUUUCAUUGCUCACGAAGGAAAUGAUCAAAAUUUUCAAAACUUUGCACUGUUUUUAGAAACAUUUUUAGAAAAAGAUGAAGUUAUUGAACUAAUGCAGCUGUCCAAUCAUACUUGCAUGCAUACAUUCUCAAGCAAAGAAUUUGUUGAGUUUUCCUUGAACCUAUUUUCGGGUAAAUUUGCUCAUGAAAGACAAAAGUAUUUCAUAACUCAUAAGGACAAAUAUUCAAAUAACUAUAUUCAUUAUCUUUUAGUCAAUGGAGAAGAAGAUGUCAUUAAAUUUACAUCCAACAAAUUAAAAGAAUUAUUAAGCCGUGAAGAAUGUCAAGAAAUUCUGAAAACUAGAGGAAGUUUAGAAAGAAAUCUUCUUCAUAAAGUUGCUUUUCAUGUAAACAACAUCAAUAUUCAUAAGAUUUUAUGGAACUUCUAUAAAGAUUAUUUUGACAGUCAAGAAAUCACAGAAAUUUUAAAAGAAGUUGAUAAUAAUGGUGAAAACAUUUUUUAUAUUGCUGCAAAGACCUCUAAUUUUAAAAUUCUUGCAUUUUACAUUGCGGAAGCUGAAAAAUUUUUACCAAAGGACGAAAUUAAAUUGAAUUUUAUGACUUCGAAAGUUGCAACAGAAGUGGAGCAAAAGCUUUUACAAUUUUAUGAUUCUGAAGAAGUCCAAAAACAUUUAACUUCUAAGGUUCAUGAUAAAGAUGAAUUAGACAGAAAAGAUCUUAAAAGAAAUUCUAGUAAUGGAGUUCUUAGCAAUUCAAAUACUGAUAUUGUUUGGAAUAUUAUCAAAAACUUUUUCAAAUGUGAAAAUUUUACGCACGAAUUCAACAGACUUGCUCGACUUGAAUCCUCUGAAAAGCUCCUUUCAGCUUAUAAAAAUUUAGACAAUUUUGCAAUGGACCUGAAUAAAAUGGAGUUUCACGAGACAUUGUGGGAGCUACUUUUAAGAAUUUUUAAUAAGGAAGAAUUGAAAAAUUUGUUAAUUUGUAAAAACUUAAAUGAUAUUAAUUUUAUGCAUGCUCUUAUAGCAAAUUGGACCGUUGAUAAAGUUGAGUUUACAUUAAAUCAAAUCAAGGUAAACUUUAAUGAAGAAGAGAUGCAAGAAAUUAUAAAUGUAAAAGGACCAUUUGAGAGAAAUUUACUACAAACAGCAUUGUGUGAAUCAAAGGAUAUCGAAAUUUUCAAAACAUUAUGGAAUACUGUUCGGAAUUCGUUUGAAUCUUAUGAAACAUUUUUGGAAUUCCUUUGUCAUUCUGACUCCGGUGAAAAUAAUAUGCUUAUUUUAGCUGUGUACUUUACAACAAGUGAAAUUUUCAAGUUUAUAAUUGAACAGUUAGAAAUUAACCUAAAAUUAAAAGAAGUUAAAGAUUUUCUAUACAGAUUAGGCUUUGAACAUAAAAGUUUGUUAAGGGCUGCAGCAAAGAACAACACUGAUAUUGAAUUACAUGAAAGCUUAUGGAAAGUAAUCCAAAAAUAUUUUAAUUCAUCAGAAAUCUUAAAAUUAAUAGAAUCUACAGAUGAAUCAGGAAAUAACUUUUUUUUCAAUACAGUCUUUUACAAUAAUAAAUCAAUUGUUGAAAUUUCAUUAAAUGAAAUUAAGAAAAUGGAAAGCAAAACAAUUUUCAAAAUCAAUAAAUAUCUAAUUCAUGUUAAUAAGAAAGGAAAUAAUAUUCUCAUGACUUGUGUUUACUCAAGAAAUGAAGAUUCGUUAGAAUUCAUAUGCAAUACAUUAAAAAAGAACCUAAGUUCUCUUGAUCUUAAACUAUUGGUGUGCCAGACAAAUAUAAGCGAUGGAAAUAUUUUGCAUAUUGCCUCACUUAAUGCGUCGCUGAAUUUCCAUUCAAUUUUAUGGACAUUUUUGUUUCAUACUUUUGAAUAUCAAGACGAAUUUUAUUCUAUUUUAUAUGGAAAAAAUAUAAAUAACUACAACUUUUUACACAUUCUUAUUAUUUACGUCCAGAACGAAGAAAUAAUUGAAUUUGUGUUAAGGCAAAUGAAAAUUAAAUUAAGCAAUCCUCAAUACAAAGCCAUUGUAAUAGAGAAAGGCAAAGAAGGAAGAAACCUUCUUCACUUGGCUUGUAAAUCACCAAACUUUUACAAACAAAGAUUGAUAUGGAAUACUUUGCUUGAAGUUUGUGAAUCUAACAGUGAUUUUUUAAAAAUUAUAAAAGAAGUUGACAUUCAUGGAUGCAAUGUGAUUCAAUGUGGUGCUCGUUUCUCAACACAGAUGGUUUUUGACUAUUUUUUUGAAGAGUUGGAACUAACCUUUUCAAAUCAUGAAAUUAAGGAAAUUUUAAGCACAAAAGAUGAUGAAAAUAAAAAUAUUUUGCAAACAGCCGCAACAUACAAUUUGUCGCGUAACUUAAAUGUUUUAUUAUUUGAAACUAUUGAAAAAUAUUUCAAUUCUGACGAGAUAGUUGAUAUGAUGAAAAAUGUCGAUAAAAAUGGAAAUAAUUUGCUAUUUAAUUUAAUCUGUUGCAAUAAAUCUGAUACAGUACAUUCAAUUUGGUAUAGUAUCAUGAGACACUUCUUAAAAUCUGGUGAAUUUUUUCUAAAAUAUUUGAAAUUUAAAAACAACGAUGAGGAUAAUAUUCUUCAUAUUUUAAUUAAAGCUAAAAAUGUUGCAAAAUUGAAAUUUUUGUGGGUUGAAAUCGAGAAUAUUUUUAAAGAUCUUUUGUGCUCAUAUCAAUUCAGAGAUCUAAUCAAUGAAAAAUCUACGAGCAGCAACCUUAACAUUAUAUAUCUCGCUGCCAAAUCUGAUGAUAUUGAAUUUCUUGAAACAAUGUGGAGUCUUUUGUUGGAAACUUUUGGAAAUUUGGAAGAAAUUGAGAACUUUAUGUUUCAAGAAGAAGGAAUUGAGAAAAACAUUUUUGAUAUUUUUAGAGGUUUUGAUAAAACAGAUUUAGUUCUUUUAAAAAUGGUUAAUUUGUUACAAGAUAUUGCCAGUAAAACAAAGAGUCCUGAAAGAUAUAAAAUAUUAUGGACAGCUUCUCGUAAAGCAUUUAAAAAUGAUAAGGAAUUUCUGGAAUUUCUUCAAGAACAAAAGUUACUUUUUAAUGCAUUUAAUAUGGUUUUAAACUUUUCAACUGCAGAUGUUAUUCAAUUUACAAUUGAACAAUUUAAAGAAAUUGCAAUUCCAAAUCAAAUCAAAGAUAUUCUAAGACAGCAAAAUCAUAGAGGACAAAACUUGCUACAACAAUCAGUAGUUUAUAGAAAGCCACUUGAAUUCUAUGUUCAUUUAUGGAAUAUUUUUCUUGAAUACUUCAAACCGAUUGAAAUCUUGGAUAUCAUUAAUAAUAAUGACGAUCCUGAUAAUAAUCUUCUAUUCAAUGCAGUUAGAUGCAAGAAUAUGGACAUAAUUAAACAAACAUGGAAUCAGAUAAAAAAUAAUUUAAAAAAUGGCGAGAAUAGAAACGCUCAAUACAUAAUACAAAGAAUUGACAAAAAUAUUUUACAUUAUUUGAUCAACACAAAAGACGAAAACAUAUUGAAUUAUUUGUGGAAAGAAUUGGAAGAAAAUUGUUCAAAAAUGUUUAUCAUUCAAUUUAUGAAUUUAUUUUUCGACAGAAUUUCAAAUGAUAAGCAAAAUGUUUUGCAACUGACUGUAUUUUGUAAUCGUAUUGAGUUUCAUAAAUCUUUUUGGAAACUUCUUCUAAAUACGUUUAAAAAUCGCGAAAACUUAAUUAAACUAAUUAGUCAAAAAGAUAAAAAUGGAAAUAAUUUUGUUCACUUACUUGUUAUGCAUGCAAAUUCAAAAAUAAUGUUAGAAUUUAUAUUUAAUAAUAUCAAAGAUAAUGUUUCUGCAAUUGAAUAUCAAAACAUUUUGCAGUCAAAAGGAAAUUGCAACAAAAAUUUGAUCCAACUAGCUGUUUGUUUUUCAAAAGAAAUAGAAAAUAUUGAACUCGUUAUAGGAAGUUUAAAAAAAUAUUAUUACGAAAAUUUUCUUCAAUCAAAAGCUUGUGAAAAAUUAUUAAAAUUUUUCACUAAAGAAGACGUACAGAAGAACAACGUCUUUCAUCAUGCCGUGUGCUUUUCCACAAGUAAAAUUUUUACGUUAUUAAUAGAAGAAUUCAAAAAAUUAAGUUCGGAUGAAAACUUAAGAAUGACUUUGAAUAAAUUAGGUUUUGCAAAACAAAAUUUACUGCAAAAAGCUGUGGUUCAAAAUACUUCUUUAGAAUUUCAUGUAAAUUUGUGGACAAUCAUAAGUAUGUCAGAUAUUUUAGAAAUGAUUAAUCAUGUUGACGAAUAUGGACAUAAUCUUAUUCUUAAUGCCGUUAAAUGGAAUUCUAAAGAAAUUGUUGAAUAUACUUGGGAAAAUAUUAAAAUGUUUAUUGACAAAAAAGAAGAUCAAGCUGCAUAUUUAGAGAUUGUAGGUCAUUUAGAUAAAAAUUUGCGAGAUCUUGCUUUUGAAAAUCUAAUAGAUGUUAUUAGUAUGCGGAUAUAUGUCCAAAAUUUAUUAAUGGAAUAUAAUGAUGUUUUUUCUGAUAACUAAAUCUAGAGACGAUCUACAAACAAACCCAAUUUAUUGACCCAUUUAUGAUUAAUAUGUUUUUAUAGGUUUUCAAAUGUUUGCAUUGUAUGAAUAAUGUUGGAAAAUAAAAUAAAAAUGACUUUACUUCAUUCAAAAUUUUAUAUAUCUCAGAAAAUCAGCACAGUUUUUCCAACUAACACUAGAAAUAUUCCUCUAUCGUUAUUUACACACAGAAAAAUCUAACAUAAACAAACAACAAGAAAUGAAAAAUUGUGUGGAGCAUCAGCACAUAAAAUCUACAAUGAGUUGCGUGAUAUUUUCUGACAGCUUUUUUUUUGUUUUCAAACAACAUCCACGCAUUGCAGAAAAACAAAAUUGAUGUAACAAAAAUAAAGAAUUUUCAGAAGAAUAAAAAAAAACUAAUGGAAUUGAUGGAUCGAAUGAAUUUGCACGAUGAUAACGAUUUCAAUUCCAAAUUGAUUGAUUUUAUUCACGAACAACCUUAAUCAAUUGUUACGAAUGGAAUGGAAAAGCAAAGAGAGAAAAGGUGAGGAAGAGGAGGGAUAAAAAGACUAUUAAGAUCGUUGAAGGAUGCUAAAGGCUUUUAACGGAUUGAGAAUUCUCAAAAGCUUUUCCACUCAUUGCUGAAGUAUUUUUCCACUCUUUUUUACCCAUUUUAAUAUCAAACACUUAAAGGCAGCAUGUAUUUUCUCACAGAUAAUUUCACUAAAGUUUCGUCAGUAAAUUUAAUUAAAUAUUUAUCCAUUAAUUACUAUCAAUUAUGGAUUUUAUCCUUCAAAAAAACAACUUUUACGUUAAUUUGAU